AGAGCCGUUUUAACUAUCCUCUCUCUGUCUAUUGUUCUUUUCAAAGGUUCUCGUUUCUUCUUCUAACUGAUAAUGUAAAACAGGACAAGGGAAAAAAGAAGAAGAAAGAGAGUAAUUUUGGCUCCCAAUUGUGAUAAACCCCCGAAAAAGAGUUGCUCAAAAUGGCUUUGUCUAGGUUCUCUAUACUUUCAUUCCUUCACAUUGUGUUGCUUGUGGGAUUGUGCUCUGCGGCGGAUCCGUCCGUGUUCUAUAAUUUUGAAGUCUCUUACAUCACUGCCUCUCCUCUGGGUGUGCCUCAGCAGGUUAUUGCUAUAAAUGAAAAGUUUCCAGGUCCCACUAUAAAUGUGACUACUAACAACAAUGUGGUUGUCAACGUUAGGAACAAGUUGGAUGAGAGUCUCCUCUUGCACUGGUCUGGGGUUCAACAAAGACGCAGUUCUUGGCAGGAUGGGCUUCUUGGCACCAAUUGUCCCAUUCCUCCAAAGUGGAACUGGACUUACCAGUUUCAAGUCAAGGAUCAGAUCGGAAGUUUCUUUUACUUCCCCUCCCUACAUAUGCAGAGGGCAUCUGGUGGGUUUGGCAGCUUCAUUAUUACUAAUCGGGCCAUUAUUCCACUUCCAUUUGCCACUCCAGAUGGGGAUAUUGUCAUUUUGAUAGGUGAUUGGUACACAAGAAAUCAUACGGCUUUGAGAAAGGACCUUGAUGCAGGGAAAAAUCUUGGAAUGCCUGAUGGAGUUCUUAUUAAUGGCAAAGGUCCUUACCAGUAUAACAGAACCCUUGUGCCAGAUGGCAUUGAUUAUGAAACUAUUGAAGUUCACCCUGGGAAAACUUAUCGCAUUCGUGUACACAACGUGGGAGUGUCAACUAGUUUGAAUUUCAGGAUCCAGAACCAUAAUCUCCUUUUAGCCGAGUCAGAGGGAUCGUAUACAGUGCAACAGAACUAUACUAGCUUAGAUAUACACGUAGGACAAUCUUACUCAUUUUUGGUGACCAUGGAUCAGAAUGCAAGUUCUGAUUACUAUAUUGUAGCUAGUGCUAGAUUUGUGAAUGAAUCUCGAUGGCAAAGAGUAACUGGUGUUGCAAUUUUGCACUAUACCAAUUCCAAAGGCAAGGCAUCUGGUCCCCUCCCAGAGGCACCAAAUGAUGAGUAUGACAAGACCUUCUCAAUGAACCAGGCAAGAUCUAUCAGAUGGAAUUUAUCUGCAAGUGGUGCGCGUCCUAAUCCCCAAGGUUCAUUUAGAUAUGGCUCGAUCAAUGUGACUGAAUUAUACGUGUUGAAGAAUAAACCACCAGAGAUGAUUAAUGGGAAACGGCGAGCGACACUUAGUGGGGUAUCAUUUGUCAAUCCUUCUACUCCCAUCAGGCUUGCCGACCAAUUCAAAGUGAAGGGAGUUUAUAAGCUUGAUUUCCCACCAAGGCCACUUACAGGACCACCUCGAGUGGAAACAUCUAUAAUUAAUGGUACAUUCAGAGGAUUUGUGGAAGUCAUUCUACAGAACAAUGAUACCAAGAUGCACAGCUAUCACGUUAGUGGAUAUGCAGUUUUUGUCGUCGGGAUGGAUUAUGGUGACUGGACGGAAAAUAGCCGGGGCACGUACAAUAAGUGGGAUGGUAUUGCACGCACCACAGUUCAGGUUUAUCCUGGAGCGUGGACUGCAAUCUUGAUUUCCCUCGACAAUGUUGGAGUCUGGAACAUUAGAACUGAAAACCUUGACUCAUGGUAUCUCGGCCAAGAAACAUACAUUAGAGUUGUCAAUCCAGAGGCCACCAACAAAACCGAGUUGCCCAUGCCAGACAAUGCCCUUUUCUGUGGCGCUCUAGGCAAAAUGCAAAAGCCCCAAGAUAUAUCUUCGGCAGCAACAAUCACAAACAACAGAUCAAACAUGUUCUUCACCAUACUGAUAUGUGUACUGAUUUUCCUUUUCCGCUAAUUGAUUCUCGAGUGAAGCUUAGUAGUGCAGUUUGAAGUUGCGAGUGUAGUAGGAGUGUUAAUUCUCGUCUGUGGAUAAAAAAAACCAUCUCUUGGCAUUGCAUUUUUGCUCUUUUGUUGCGGUUUGUCCCUGGUUUUGCUGUUUAAUUUAUUGGGGAGUCGAUCGAUCAUUCUUUCAUACCUAGAAUUUAUGUAGUGAUGAGGAUUCUUCAAUUUUUAAUACAAGGUAAACAGCCCAUUGUACUUUAUUUUGUCUUAGUAGGAACCAAUAUGCUUUUGCAACUUGUUAACUUUGUGAUA